AAUGCUGAACCUCAGAAAGGUUUUAACGUGCCUCGGAAGUAUGAAAAUUUCUAAAUCUCUCCGGCGAAUAAUUCGUUUACCCCUUGCGUUGUAAACAUAUGCUAUUAUAAUUCAUUUGUUCCCAUUUGCUUUGGGUUGCUAAGUAAUUGAAAUUCAUGGUUGAACCUUAAAAUUAUGAAAACAAAAUUGUCCUCUUAAAAAUGUUAAGUUGCAAGAAAAUUUUAGACCAGUUUAACAUAAUUACAAGGCUGUCUAACCCAAUUUGUGGGAACAUAACUAACCAAUUUACUCGCAAAGUGUACCGAACCCUAUUUACUUCCAACAGAAGCAAAAAUAGCAAAGAUGGCACAGGAGAUUCGUGUAAAGGGUUCAAAGAAAAGAAGACAUCCUGCCCACCUAAAAACACACUUUUGUCGAGUAAAACACAUGAAACAGAUUACAAAGAGCAGACGCCUUUAAUUUAUAACAAAUGCAGCCCUCCACCUUACAUUUCCUCAUGUAAAACUGAUCUUACCUCACCAUGUGUUGCUGAACAAGUUGUCCCCGUACCCUGCAAGGAGACCCCUGUCCAAGAAGUAGAAUGCAAAGUCAAUCCAGAUUGUCCUUAUCACCAAACGAAAGGUUCCUUUGCAACAAACUUCAAAAGGACUAUCCUAGUUUUAGGUUCUUUUCUAGCAGCAUACAUAGCUUAUAAGAAUUUUAUAGCUAAGGACCCCAAAAAUGAAAAAGUGGUUGUAGUUCAUAAGAAACGACGUUGCAUGGAACCUCAAGAAUUCAGUAAAGAACCAUCAUUAUCAUCACUUAUUCCUUCAGAAAUUGAAUAUCUGUUGGUCGGAGGUGGCACAGCUGCAUUUUCUGCUUUUCGGGCGAUAAAAUCCCUAGAUCCAAAGGCUAAGGUUCUUGUAGUCACCAAAGAACCCUUUAACCCAUAUAUGAGACCACCACUGUCAAAAGAAUUGUUUUACCAAGAAGACAGGCAGUCAGCGAAUGAACUAAAGUUUAAACAAUGGAACGGAGUUGAGAGAAGCCUUUAUUUUGAGCCAGCAGAGUUUUAUGCUCCUAUUGAAAAAUUAUCGGAUUCAGAAAAUGGAGGAGUGUCAGUGGCCAAAGGUUGGGAAGUCAAAAAACUUGAUAUUGUAAAGAAGCAUGCUAUUUUAGACGAUGGAAAGACAAUUAAGUAUAACAAAUGUCUUAUUGCGACUGGGGGAACUCCAAAAAAUCUUGAGAUCCUUGAAGAUGCUAGUGAUGAUGUUAAAGAAAAGGUGACUUUGUACAGGGGGAUCCAAGAAUUUAAAGAAAUUGAAAAUCUGUUUACUAAUUGUGAACUAUCAGCAAUAGCAGUAAUAGGGGGAGGAUUUCUCGGCAGUGAAUUAUCAAUUGCUUUGGCAAAGAGAGGUGAAAACAAGAAAGUUAAAAUAUCACAGAUUGUUCGUGGCCCUGGGCCGCUUGUAAAGAUCUUGCCGAACUAUCUUGCAAAAUGGGCAGCCAAUAAAAUCUCUAGCGAAGGUGUCAAUGUUUUAACUGAUGUUGAGGUUGAGGAUAUAGUAGCUGAUGGUGAACAGUUGCGUUUGGUGUUGAGUAAUGAAGCUGCUCUGUUGGUUGACCAUGUAAUAGUUGCAGUAGGUGUUAAUCCGAAUACAGAUUUUGCUGCAGAAUCUGGACUUGAAAUAGAUAGUAAACAUGGUGGAUACUUAGUAAAUGCACACAUGUUAGCACGUUCUGAUGUCUAUGUCGCUGGUGAUUGUGCUUCAUACUAUGAUGAAAAAUUAGGCAAACGACGUCGAGAAGAGCAUCAUGAUAAUGCAGUCGUAACUGGAAGGAUCGCAGGGGAAAAUAUGACUGGCAAAUCUUCAUUUUAUGAUACGCAAUCCAUGUUUUGGUCUGAAAUCGGCUCCGAAUUGGGUUUUGAGNGUUUCUUCGAUUCCUCUAUGUAUAUUAAAGAGCAUCCAUUACUUGUGAGAAUUUGCUACCUAAAUCACGAAGGUAGACGUUCAACCCAAGGAGGAGAUGAAUAUAAUAAAGGAGUUAUAUUUUAUUUGAAAAAUGAUGUAGUGGUUGGAAUUGUAUUAUGGAACUUGUUCAACAAAAUAAACAUUGCUCGUCAGCUUUUAAAGGAAAAGAAAAGUUACCAUGAUUUAAAUGAUGUUGCAAAACUUUUCUCCAUCCAUGGCCAAGAUUCAGAAAAAGAAAUAUCACGUUAAGUUACAGUAUAAACAGUUAAAUACAGGUUCAAUAAUUUUAGUUAAAAUUUUGCAAAAAAAAUUCUUGAAUGUUCCACAACAACUUGCCAAAAAAAUGAUAGUUUUUGUGUAAUAAAAAUUUGACAUGCUAAAGAUAUGUUUGCAUUUUAAUUAUUACUGUAAGUAAAACGUUUAGUCUUAUAUUACAUUCAUUUUGGUAAUUGAUGUAAACUUGAGACUGGCAUGAUAUUUUUACUUUAUUGUGAGCAAAUUUAAUAUAUAAAAAAAUAGUUUAUUAUCUCAUUGCCAACUGUUAACACAAUUUGCUUCUACAUAUUUAAAAUCAUCUAUUUUUUAAUAAUAUUAACUUAGUACCCAAGUACAUCCCUAAAGUGAUGAAGAACAAAUUACUUUGUUUUGAAACUAUUUCGGGGUCAUGUAGGAAAUACUUUGGGUGAAUGUUGAAUUUUCUUUGAAAUUUAACCUUUAAUUCAGGGAUUCACAUUUUUUUAAGUAGUAUGUAAACAGUUAGAAAAUGGACCAAUAAUUUAUUUAUAUUGUAGCAUUUGGUUAAAUUUUUUACCAUGUCUGAAAAUCAGAUUUGUAUUCAUGGAAUGAAUUACUUCGCUGAAAUUCUUAUUGGGCUACAUGCAAUUAUAUUUAUUUUUUUAAUAAAAAGAUAUUGGAUAUUUGGGCUGGAAAUUAUUUUGUACCAUUUUCAGCUUUAUUUAUGCAAUUAAUAUUUUUACUCGCCCAUUAUUUACAGCUUAUAAAUCCACAUUGUGUAUAAUGAAUAAUACACUUGAUUGUACUUAUUUUACA